AUGUCGACGGAGGAGAUUGAGGACAUUUUCCUCGACCUCCAGCAAAAGUUCGGCUUCCAGAAGGAUUCCAUGCGUAAUAUGUUCGACUUCUUGAUGACGCUCCUUGAUUCGAGGGCGUCUCGCAUGACGCCGAAUCAAGCCCUUCUCACCGUCCAUGCUGACUACAUUGGCGGUCAACACGCCAACUACCGGAAGUGGUAUUUCGCCGCCCAGCUCAACCUCGACGACGCCGUCGGUCAGUCGCAAAAUCCCGGUCUGCAGCGCCUCCGGAGCGUCAAGGGCAACGCGAAGACCGCGGGGGGCAAGUCGCUCGAUAGUGCGCUCAACCGAUGGAGGAAUGCGAUGAACAACAUGAGUCAGUACGACCGCCUCCGCCAGGUCGCGCUCUACCUUCUCUGUUGGGGCGAGGCGGGCAACGUCCGGUUCACCCCGGAGUGCCUGUGCUUCAUCUUCAAAUGUGCGGACGACUACUAUCGGAGUCCGGAAUGUCAGAACCGGAUCGACCCCGUCCCCGAGGGUCUCUACCUUGAGACAGUCAUCAAACCUCUGUACCGCUUCAUGCGGGACCAGGGCUAUGAGGUCGUCGAUGGAAAGUUCGUUCGUAGGGAGAAGGACCAUGACCAGAUUAUUGGCUACGACGACAUCAACCAACUCUUCUGGUAUCCGGAGGGUCUCGCGAAGAUCGUUCUGCAGGAUAACACGCGUUUGAUCGACGUCGCGCCUACACAGAGGUACACGAAAUUUGGUCGCAUCGCGUGGAAUCGCGUCUUCUUCAAGACGUUCUAUGAGAAGCGUUCCUCCGCUCACUUGCUUGUGAACUUCAACCGUAUCUGGAUUCUGCAUGUUGCGUUCUUCUGGUUUUACACCGCAUACAACUCUCCCAAGGUUUAUGCGCCGAAGAACAAGCAGUCCCCUUCUGCGCCUAUGACCUGGUCUGCGACCGCUCUUGGAGGUGCCGUUGCGACGUCCAUCAUGAUUGCAGCAACUAUCGCCGAGUUCUCAUACAUCCCCACUUCGUGGCACAACGCCAGUCACCUUACUGCUCGUCUCGUCUUCCUGCUCAUCCUCCUCGCACUUACUGGUGGUCCCACGUUCUACAUUGCUCUCGUCGACGGCCGCCCGAACCAGGGCAAUAUCCCGCUCAUCAUCGGUAUCGCGCAAUUUUUCCUGUCCGUCGUGGUCACGGUCGCGUUCAGUAUCAUUCCUUCCGGGAGGCUGUUCGGUGACCGUGUCGCGGGCAAGUCGCGCAAGUACUUGGCUUCCCAGACCUUCACGGCCUCGUACCCCACGCUCACUCGUUCGGCGCGAAUGGCUUCGAUCUCGAUCUGGCUCCUCAUCUUUGGAUGCAAGUUCACCGAGUCGUUCUUCUUCCUGACCUCGUCCUUCUCUAGUCCCAUCGCUGUUAUGGCGCGGACGAAGGUACAGGGCUGUAACGACAAGUACUUCGGGACCGCGCUAUGCAGCAACCAAGUGCCGUUCGCCCUCGCGAUCAUGUACGUCAUGGACUUGAUCCUGUUCUUCCUGGAUACGUAUCUGUGGUACAUCAUCUGGAUUGUCGUGUUCUCGGUUGCGCGGUCGUUCCACCUUGGUCUAUCCAUCUGGACGCCUUGGAAGGAGGUUUACACCCGGAUGCCGAAGCGUAUCUACGCUAAGAUCCUUGCGACUUCCGAGAUGGAGGUUAAGUACAAGCCCAAGGUCCUUGUCUCCCAAGUCUGGAAUGCCAUCAUCAUCUCCAUGUACCGCGAGCAUCUGCUUUCCAUCAAUCACGUCCAGCGUCUCCUGUACCACCAGGUCGACAGUCCAGACGGUCGCCGCACCCUCCGUGCGCCCCCCUUCUUCACCAACAACAAUGGCAACGAAGCCGACUUCUUCCCCGUUGGUGGGGAGGCAGAGCGUCGUAUCUCGUUCUUCGCCUCAUCCCUCACGACUGCGCUUCCGGAGCCCCUGCCGGUUGAUGCUAUGCCUACGUUCACCGUCCUUGUACCGCAUUACUCUGAGAAGAUCCUCCUUAGUCUUCGGGAGAUCAUCAGGGAAGAGGACCAGAACACCCGUGUCACACUGCUCGAGUACCUCAAGCAACUGCACCCGAUUGAGUGGGACAACUUCGUGAAGGAUACCAAGAUUCUCGCCGAAGAGUCUGAGACCGCUACGUUCGACGGCACUCAGAGCACGAACGAGAAGUCUGGCAAUAAGCGGACGGACGACCUUCCCUUCUACUGCAUCGGUUUCAAGACGGCCGCGCCCGAGUACACCCUUCGUACGCGUAUAUGGGCUUCCCUGCGCGCGCAGACGCUCUACCGUACCGUGUCUGGUAUGAUGAACUACUCCAAAGCCAUCAAACUCUUGUACCGUGUCGAGAACCCGCAAAUCGUACAGCGCUUCGCUGGCAACACGGAUCGCCUUGAGCGCGAGCUCGAGCGCAUGUCCCGCCGGAAGUUCAAGUUCACCGUCUCGAUGCAGCGCUACGCCAAGUUCAACAAGGAGGAGCUCGAGAACGCCGAGUUCUUGCUCCGCGCAUACCCCGACCUACAGAUCGCGUACCUGGAUGAAGAGCCUGCCCCGAGUGGUGGCGACCCACGCCUCUUCUCUACGCUCAUUGACGGUCACUCCGAGAUUGACGAGCAGACCGGGAAGCGGAAGCCCAAGUUCCGCGUCGAGCUGCCCGGUAACCCCAUUCUCGGUGACGGCAAGUCGGACAACCAGAACCAUGCGAUCGUUUUCUAUCGCGGCGAGUUCCUCCAGCUCAUCGAUGCCAACCAGGACAACUACCUCGAGGAGUGCAUCAAGAUCCGGAACAUCCUCGGCGAGUUCGAGCAGUAUAACGUCUCGAGCCAGAGCCCGUACGCGCAGUGGGGCCACAAGGAGUUCAACAAGUACCCGGUCGCCAUCGUCGGCACUCGCGAGUACAUCUUCUCGGAGAACAUCGGUAUUCUCGGUGACAUCGCUGCCGGAAAGGAGCAGACGUUCGGUACCCUCACGCCUCGUGUCCUCGCCUGGAUUGGUGGAAAGCUGCACUAUGGUCACCCCGAUUUCCUGAAUGCGACGUUCAUGACUACGCGUGGUGGUGUGUCCAAGGCUCAGAAGGGUCUCCAUCUGAACGAGGAUAUUUUCGCUGGUAUGACGGCUAUAUCGCGUGGCGGACGCAUCAAGCACUCCGAGUACUACCAGUGCGGGAAGGGUCGUGAUCUAGGUUUCGGCACCAUUCUUAACUUCCAGACCAAGCUCGGCACGGGUAUGGGUGAACAGAUGCUCAGUCGCGAGUACUACUACCUCGGCACGCAGCUGCCUAUCGACCGCUUCCUUACGUUCUACUACGGUCAUCCCGGUUUCCACAUCAACAACAUCCUCGUCAUCUACUCGAUUCAGACUUUCAUGCUUACGCUUCUAUACCUCGGCACGCUCAACAAGCAAUUGGCCAUCUGCAAGGUCGACUCACAGGGCAAUGUGCUUGGUGGACAACCUGGCUGCUACAACCUCAUCCCGGUAUUCGAUUGGAUCAAGCACUGCAUUAUAUCUAUCUUCUUGGUCUUCUUCAUCGCUUUCUUGCCACUGUUCAUGCAAGAGCUGCUUGAGCGUGGUACUGGCAAGGCGCUUGUGCGUCUUGGGAAGCACUUCUUGUCUUUCUCGCCGAUCUUCGAAGUCUUCUCGACGCAGAUAUACUCGCAGUCCAUUCAAAGCAACCUGACAUUCGGUGGUGCCCGGUACAUUGCAACGGGUCGUGGUUUCGCGACGACUCGUAUCUCUUUCACCAUCCUCUACUCUCGUUUCGCUGGACCCAGUAUCUACAUGGGUAUGCGCAACCUGCUUCUGCUCCUCUACGCCACCAUGUCCAUCUGGACGCCCUUCCUCAUCUACUUCUGGUUCUCGGUCUUGUCACUGUGCAUCGCGCCCUUCGUCUUCAACCCGCAUCAGUUCUCGUUCGCUGACUUCGUCAUUGACUACCGCGAAUUCCUCCGCUGGAUGUCUCGUGGCAACUCGCGUACGAAGGCCAGCUCCUGGUACGGCUACUGCCGUCUGUCACGUACAAUGAUCACUGGUUACAAGAAGAAGAAGCUCGGGCACCCGUCUGAGAAGUUGGCCGGCGACGCUCCCCGUGCCAAGUGGCGGAGCGUCAUCUUCUCCGAGGUCAUCCUCCCAAUCUGCAUGGCUACCAUCUUCGUCGUCGCGUACAUGUUCGUCAAGUCCUUUCCCGACAGGAAUGGCAAGCAGAACCCGAGCCCACUCGUCCGAAUCGGUGUCAUCGCGAUUGGUCCAGUCGUAUGGAACGCUGUCGUGCUCCUAACGCUGUUCUUCAUCUCGUUGUUCAUCGGGCCGAUGAUGUCAGGCUGGGCGAGGUUCGCGUCGUUCAUGGCCGCGUUCGCGCACUUCCUCAGCUUGAUCGGCCUCGUCGCCUUCUUCGAGUUCUUCUGGUUCCUAGAGCUCUGGGACGCGUCGCACGCUGUGCUCGGUGUCAUCGCCAUCAUUGCGAUUCAGCGCGCCAUCCAGAAGAUCCUCAUCUCCGUAUUCCUCUCACGUGAGUUGAAGCACGAGGAGACCAACAAGGCAUGGUGGUCCGGACAGUGGUAUGGUCGUGGUCUCGGCUCGUCUGCGUUCUCGCAGCCCGCCCGUGAGUACGUGGUCAAGAUCGUCGAGAUGUCUCUCUGGACCUCCGACUUCUUGCUUGCCCACCUCCUCUUGAUUGUCAUGACGCCACCCAUGUUCAUUCCAUUCGUCGACAAGCUUCACUCGAUGAUGAUGUUCUGGUUACGGCCCUCGAAGCAGAUCCGUCCACCACUCUUCUCCACGAAGCAGAAGCGCCAGCGGAGAUGGAUAGUGUUCAAAUAUUCACUGGUCUAUAUCAUCGUGGUUGCGUUCCUCGCUGCUCUGAUCGUCCUGCCCGCACUCUUCCGGGAUCACAUUACAUUCACGUGUACCGUAUGCCAGAACAUCUAA